GUGUUUAAGAUUUCGUUUCUCUUCCUCUGGAAGGAAGAUUAACAAUGCAUUAUGCAUCUCUCUUUUCAUAUGCUUUUUUAUGAACAUUAUUAUUAUAACUAAAUUAAUAAUGAAUUAGUAACCAAAAAAAUAAAUUAAUAAAAAUGAAUUAUUUUUUUCUUUCUUCUAUAUUGACCUCUAUUAGAGAGUACACACGAUGAGAAAUUUGACAUGAAUUUUCUUUGAACAUUAAAAGGUGUAGUGUAUGUGUUUGGUUCCAUUUUAGAGGACCACAAUUGAUUCUGUAUGUGUACAAUUGUUCUUGUUUAGAUGUUUUUAAGCAUAAUUGAUUCUGCUUUUAAAUCCAAGUUAGAAUUUUUAAUUUUUUUACUUCAAACUUCAUUUUUACAAUCAUAUUUCAUGUCACUCGUUUAUUUGAAACAAAUCUAUUUUAUAGAAUCAAUAUUUUUCACAAUUGAACUAAUAACAUAGUAAAGUUUUUUAUAUUUGGUGAUAAAUUUACUGAAUGUUUGACAUCACUGUGGAUUAUACAAAAUUAUAGUGAAACUAUGACUGAUUUCAUAAGGUGUAAUUUUAAUAAAAUUAUCUUAGUACGGGAUUUCGUCAAACUCACUACAAUAGCAAACUAACCCCACAAAUCUAAUUUACCCCUGAAACAAAACAGUGUCAGAUUAAUAAAGAUAGAUCAAUAAAGUUUUGACUUGCUUUUUUAUGCAUAAGAUGUUACUCCUACUUCAUUUAUGUAACAAUUCUUUGGUACUCGUAUCAUAUUUAUAGGGUACUAUAUAGUAUAGGGGUCUGUGAACAGUGUCUUUCUUGGGUUAGGGGAGAGACUAGAAAGGGACUUUAUGCUUUUGUAAGGAGUCUUUAUUACCUUAGCGUAAAAGGGUCUUUCUUAUAGCUGCUUUUUGUUUCAAAGGCAAUGAGGCUGAGGCCUGAUACCUCUGAGGUUUGAUGGGUUCAUGCUGUUACUUCCUCGGUAAUCUGGAAGAAUUCAUGGCUAUGUCACAGCUUUUCUGUACUUUUCUUGGACUUUGUAUCUAUAUCCCUUUCUUCUUACUCAUAGUUAUUUCAUCAGAGCUUUUUGGAGCUUCUUGUUGUUAUUGUUGCAGUUCUGGAUCUUCUGAUGCAUGGAAAAUAUUUAAGGUUGAAAAUAUACUAAGCUGUGAAUGGCAUCAACAUCGUGUGUUACUAAGAGUCCGUUACCCAUGAAAGAGACAGCUUUGAGCCAUGGAGAAUAUCCUCCUCCUAUGGCAACAUAUGAAGAGGUUGUAGAUAAUCCAAAGCUCUUCAUGCUUAGCUUGGAGAAGCUCCAUGCUCUAAUGUGCACCAAGUUCAUGAUUCCCAUUAUUGGUGGAAGGGAAUUGGAUUUACAUCGCCUCUUUGUUGAAGUGACUUCUCGUGGCGGGAUUGAGAAGAUCAUUAAAGAUAGAAAAUGGAAAGAAAUAACUUUAGUUUUCAAUUUUCCAUCAACGGCUACUAAUGCUUCUUUUGUGCUGCGGAAGUACUAUACUUCAUUACUCUACCAUUAUGAACAAAUCUAUUAUUUUAAAGCUCGUAACUGGACACAUCCAACUUCCGAUGUUUUGCAGAGUCAAUCAUCCAUCCCAAUUCCUGCUCCAAAGAUGCAGAUUUUGCAUCCUUCACCCCAAAUUCAACCAGCCGUCUUUCAACAGUUAAAUGUCAAUGCUGCUAGGCUGCCUCAAGCAAUGGCGUCAUCUUCGGCAGGGUCUUCAGUUGUUGGGGUCAUUGAUGGGAAAUUUGAUAGUGGUUAUCUGGUUACUGUCACAGUCGGCUCGGAGAAACUCAAAGGCGUACUUUAUCAAGCACCACAAAAUGCCGUGUUGCCAACAUCCCACCACAGUGCUUCUGCUAAUAACAACAACGUGACUGCCUCGGUUGGUGUCCAUCGUCGCCGACGCAGGAAGAAGUCAGAAAUGAAAAAGAGAGAUCCUGCUCACCCAAAGCCAAACAGAAGUGGAUACAAUUUCUUCUUUGCAGAACAGCAUGCAAGGCUAAAACCUCUUAACCAAGGGAGGGACAGAGAGAUCAGUAGGACCAUUGGUGAACUCUGGAACAAGUUAAACGACUCUGAAAAAGCAGUUUAUCAAGAUAAAGCUGUGAAGGACAAGGAGAGGUACAGAACAGAGAUGGAGUAUUACCGGGAGAAGUUGAAGAUGGAUCAGGUCAUCAGUGAUGCUGUGCCACUUCAACAGAGACUUCCUGAACCAGAUACGGACAUGCUGAAUGCUGAGGCGGAUUCUCUUCAAACCCCGGAGGAGAGCAGUUCGGGCGGAAGUGAUGACUAUGAAGAUGACAAGGCAAUGGAGAAAGAUUACAGUAUGGAUGCAUUACCUGUUAUAGGAGUUGGAACUGAAUGCAUGGAUUCAGUAGGGAAAUCAUCCAAGGGGGUUUUAUGAGCUUCAUUAGGUUCUUGGAAGAAUAUGGAUGAGAGGAAAAGUGAACUGGCACUAAUGUAGCACAAUAGAAAUAGAUUUAUGGAAUUUUUUUUUUUUUUUUUGAAGUUUUAUUGCGGUGAUUACUACCUGCUUAUUGACAAUCACAGUGAUUAACUGUUUUAGUAUUCAAAUUCAAGGUGUUCAUUUUGGCUCAA